AUGAACUCUUUUAGUCUUGAAAAGAAUCGAUUUCAUUAAAAAGCAUGCGAAAAGAAGAAAAAAAGACAGUAUGAAAACUUCAUCUCAUUAAUCAGAAAGUAAUAAAUAGAAACUUUCAUUGAAAAAAAUGUCUAGUCUUUGUAUGUGGAUCUCAAUCAAUCAUAUACAAAAGCAUCUGAUUAGGAAAGUUUUAAUUUAAACAAAAUACCUAAAUCCGUAAAAGCCAAUUUAAUUGGUUAGUUAAACAGUAAAUAUGGAAGAAGAUCUCAUGAAUGA